CAUCUGUGGCUCCUGCUUGUCGGAGCAGUUCUUAUGUUGUUAUGUCCGCCGCUCGGAAUUAAUGAUUAUUUCUGCGGGUUGUUGUAGAUCACAGACCGUCCUCCUCUGCCUGACUGGACUCAUGGAGAACCCCGGAGACCCGCUGGAGCGUCCAUCCAGGAAGCGGCGGGACUCCUUUGGGAUGCUCGACGGGCUGGAGGAGGACCGGAGCAGCUGCAGCACCGACUCCAGCGGGGGGAGCGGCGCCUCCAGCCCAGAAGACAGUGAUGAUGAAGAGUUUUUAGGAGGGGGUACUCAGCUCACCCCCUCCUCCUCCUCCCUGAUGCUUAUUAAGACCAACGGACAGGUCUACACAUACCCCGAUGGGAAGACCGGCAUGGCCACCUGUGAGAUGUGCGGGAUGGUCGGCGUCAGAGAUGCUUUCUACAGUAAAACCAAGCGGUUCUGCAGCGUUUCCUGCUCCAGAAGUUACUCGUCCAACUCCAAGAAGGCCAGCAUCCUGGCCAGACUGCAGAAGAGCUCCGACAGAAGAUGGAAACAACAGAUAAUUCAGGAUCAGGGUAAACCUCCAACAAAGAAAGCUAAAGUUCUGCAGAAGCAGCCUCUGACGUCCAAACUCUCUGCCUUCAACCAGCUGCAGCCCCAGCAGCAGGGUGGGCUCCGAAAGAGCGUCCCUGUGGACAUGUUCGACUGGGGCCGUUACCUCGGAGAUGGAGACGUGACGGGAGCGCCGGUCAGCUGCUUCAAACAUGUCCCGAUGGGGAAGUCAUGGGACGACAUAAGCGAAGGAGUUCGGGUCGAAGUCCUGAACACUGACAGCGGUCUACCCAUGAAGGUUUACUGGAUUGCCAGCAUCAUCAAACUGGCUGGUUUUAAGGCCUUACUGCGUUACGAAGGCUUCGACAGCGACGUCACCAGAGAUUUCUGGUUGAACCUGUGCGUUCCUGACAUCCACCCUGUCGGCUGGUGUGCAGCUGGAGGAAAACCUCUGGUCCCCCCUCAGAGUAUUCUGCACAGGUUCACCAACUGGAAGACUUUCCUCAUCAAACGACUGACGGGAUCUAAAACUUUGCCGCUGAACUUUUCAUCCAAGGUGCAGGAGAGCAUGCAGUUUCCCUUCAAGAAGCUGAUGAGGGUGGAGGUGGUGGAUAAGACCCAUCUGUGUCGGACUCGUGUGGCUCUGGUUGAGCAGGUGAUCGGCGGUCGGCUGCGGCUCGUGUACGAGGAGUGCGAUGACGGUUCCGAUGACUUCUGGUGUCAUAUGCACAGCCCGCUGAUCCACAGCGUGGGCUGGUCUCGGUCCAUCGGGCACCGUUUCAAACGAUCCGAUGUGACGAAGAAGCUGGAUGGGCAGACAGACGCACCUGGACAGCUGUUUGUGAAGGUGAAGGAGGUGGAUCAGAGCGGACCCUGGUUUGAAGACGGGAUGAAGCUGGAGGCCAUCGACCCUCUGAACCUGUCUGCCAUCUGUGUGGCCACAGUUAGGAAGGUUCUGGCAGACGGGUAUCUGAUGAUCGGCAUUGACGGUUCGGAAGCGGCCGACGGCUCGGACUGGUUCUGCUAUCACUCCAUGUCUCCGUCCAUCUUCCCUGCUGGGUUCUGUGAGAUCAACAACAUUGAUCUGACGCCCCCCAGAGGUUACUGCAGUCUGCCCUUCAGGUGGUUCGAGUAUCUGAAGGAGAGCAAGUCUGUGGCUGCGCCGGUCAACCUCUUCAACAAGGAAGUCCCGAACCACGGUUUCCUUCCCGGAAUGAAGCUGGAGGCCGUGGACCUCAUGGAGCCUCGGCUCGUCUGUGUCGCCACAGUGACCCGCAUUGUCCACCGGCUGCUGCGGAUCCACUUCGACGGCUGGGAGGACGAGUAUGACCAGUGGGUGGACUGUGAAUCCCCAGACUUGUACCCGGUGGGCUGGUGUCAGCUGACUGGGUACCAGCUUCAGCCUCCUGCCAUUAACACAGGGUUCAGAGACCUGCAGUCUGCAGCAUCCAAACAGAGGAGGAAGUCUCAGCAGUACAGAGGACAGAAGAAGAAGAGGAAGUUACCCGUUGCUAGGCGACCAGUCAGCCUCUCUGUUGCCAUGGGAACAGGAGUCCUCAGGAGCCUAUCAGGAGACGAGAACGAGACUCCGCCCGAUUACCCAUCACCCUCUCCACCGGCCUCCGCCGCCCAGCUGACCUCCGCUGACCCAGACGCUGAACGGGGAGCAGGUCUGCAGGCGGCGGUGGAGGACAGCAGCCGGACGAAGCCUUCGUAUCAGAGAGUGGGAGCAGAAACAAACGGCUCGUCGGCAGACUUCCUGUCCAGCAAAGAUCAGUGAAACAUUUUCUUCUGUUUUGGAGCGAAACGAUUGAAACUGUGAUGAGUUCAGGAUCAUUUACCUCCACCUGAACAAAAACUAUCUUUCGAGUGUCGAGUCGGCACG